UGUAAUGGAACGAUACCGCAUUUCGCCACCUCCGAGUCUAUUGCCAAUCAAGUUUAGUCUCAACGUGAGUCGCCAAUAGACACUUAUAAACCGCAAGAAGUGAACAAGAACUGCUGCUGCUUCCUUUUGAUCUUUUAGCCACGGUGCAGAUGAGGACUUUCGGUCAAAGUGAUACACUAUUCGGCUUCCUCGUGACAAUAUUUCUAUUUGUCAAAUCUGACAUCAAAACUACGCUGGUUCCCAUCACGAUAUUAUCGGUCAGUUCAGCUCCACUUUGCACCCCGGAUCGCAUUUUCCCAGUAGUUUGGUGGAUAUUUUUGCAUCUCCUGCAGUUCGACACAUCCAAUCAAAUACUAGAUGUCGAAGAAGAUGCGAAGAACAAACCCGUUCGCCCAUUGCCAGCUGGUCGAAUAUCGCUGAGACAUGCCACCAUUCUACGCUGGGGCUUAGUUCCAGCUUGCUGGAUCAUAUCCGCCUUACAUGGUGGUCCUGUGCUACUUUCUAGCAUGGCUCUCGUGCUAUUUACCGUCCUAUACAAUGAAUUACAAGCAAACCGCCACUGGCUCACGAAAAACAUCGUCACUGCGAUAGGAUUCGCUUCGUUUGAAGUCGGCGGAACGUUGAUCGCAGGUUGUCAUACGUCGCACAUGGACGCCGUGGGACGUCUGUCUGUCGCGAUAAGCACAGCGGUAUUUGCUACCACUAUACACGCCCAGGAUUUCAAAGACGAGGCGGGAGACAGAUUAAUCGGCAGAUUAACUUUACCGAUCGUGUCUCCCCAAGUGGGUCGUGCCUCAAUCUUGCCACUGCUUGUAACGUGGUCUAUCGCUCUCGGCUUCAUGUGGCAGUUAACUUGGGCUUACACCGUUCUCCUGCUCUGCUUCUCCAUGCUGGUCGGUGUUCGAUUUUUGUUGAUGAGAAGCAGGACAGCGGACCAAACGUCAUUCCUUCUAUACAACAUGUGGUUGUCAGUAGUACAUAUGCUGCCAGGCUAUUGGCGGUACCUCCAACAUCGAGAUAUUUAAUCCAAUCUUUAGCGAUAUAGGUAGAUGACUAUACUAGUGUUUCAUGGUCUCAACAUCAUAGAAUGAAACGCAAUA